AUGGCAUACAAUUCGUUGACUGAAGCCCCUCGUAACCUCAAGGAGGCCAUUGACUGGUUGAUGGCCCUGAAGGGAACAGAUGCUGAAAACAACAUGAAGGCUUUCGGUGAUGCAGUUUACAAAUUUCUCGCAGACAAGCCUGUUGGCAAGAUGGAAGUGCCAGCUCUCGAGAAAGUGAAAGUUAUCACUAAGCAGUUCCUGGAGCACAGAAAUAUUAAAGGCCAGUGGUUCACAAAAAGAUUUCUAAAAAUGUAUGGGGCGCCUAUGGUGAAAGAACCCGAAAAGCUCGCUAAGGUGUUAGAAUACGUGCGUGAAAGCGAUCACAAGAACGUCGUACAGACCCAUAAGGCCAAGCCUGAAACUAUUGCGAAGAAGUUAGGUAAAGUUGUGGCUGGUUGUGAUGUGUUCCUGGAACAUAUAAAGAACCCUGACUCUUAUAACUCUGCGUACAGCUCGGAAGCUACGUGGGAUGCAUCGUGCACGGAAGAUCCGGAAGCUUGCGCAGUGGUCUUCGUGGGGAUUGCGCCUAUGUUAUAUACAGGAUUAUAUUAUCUGCAACAUGCGUGCAUACGUGCAAAAUUGGGUGGGCCGGGUUCUUUCGAUGAGAAGCGUUAUGAAAGUGCAUUAGAGGCAGCGGGUUACGACGCUGCUGAACGCCACGAUAACAUUAGUGCUUCAGACUUGCUAUGGUCGUUGGACUACGCGAAUAAACAAGCGUUGGCGACAAUAUACGACCUCUCUGGUUUCUGGGCUUUCUAUUGA